AUGGUCCCAUCCGCGAGACGGGAUCCGGAGCUGGAGGGUUCCGCAGAGAGCGCGCUGCCGCAGCCUGCGCCUGCCGGGCCUCGUCCGCGUCUCCUUGCGCACCCCUCCGCAAGCGAGCCCGUUUGCCGCUUCGAGCGGGUACAAACACUUCCCCAUCGGCCUGCCGCGCGCCCCACCUCGCCGGAGUAUUCGUGGGCGCCUGCACGUGUUGCGUCGAACCGCCCGGACGGCCAGCGCUCACCCCGAGCGCGAUCCCCCGCGCAACGCUCUCCGCGGCGAUCUCUGGCGACGUGGGGGAGGGGGUCGCCUGUGCGUCGCUGGGAUUCGGGUCGCCGUGAGCAGUCCCCCCCGCAUCCACAUUCGGCUGGUUCCGGGGGACGGUGGGGCUGGCGGAAAGGCGGAGGGCGAGGCGGGAAUGGCAACCAGCCGGAUCCUGCCCUCGAUCGCGCUGCGGACACGUUCGUGGAGGUGGUGAGGCAGGCCCGGGCGAGUGGGGCACCGACUCACGUCCACAUUGAGGUGACCAACGGUCCCCCCUUUGCUGCGGACCCCGGCCAGGUUGCUCCUCUGCGCGCGCCGACGCUGCGCGAAUAUCAGCCCGCGCGUGAGGGAAGGGCUCAGUUCCGCACCCCCGGUCAGGUUCCCGGCUUCUCUGCGCCGCGCUUAUCUGUUGGCCGGACCCCUGGCUGGCCGGCGGCGUUUCCGUGUGAAGCGCUGACUGCACCUCCCCCCACUCGCGCGGGGAGACACCCCAUGCUGACCAUGUGCCGGAUUUCGAAUCUGGCGGAGGCGUGCGAGGUGGUGGCGUUCUUGCAGCUGGCGGUGUGUGGGGCCACGCGGAGCUUUCGGAGUAGUUUCGGUCCAGGGUCCCGAGGAUCCUGCGUGACUUUGGCAGAAUCGCUCGAGUCGCCGUUGGCACCCGUGUCGGAUGCGCCCGCCGAGGUAGCUCCCUUAGCCCGUACUUUCCCCUGCCACGUGGGGGAUCUUGUAAGGGCUGCUCAAGCCGGGACCCCCUUGGACACGCUCCAGUCGUCGGCGCAUCUCCUUCUUGCAGUAUCGGCGUGCAUGCGCUCGAUGUUUGAGGUGGAGGGGGCGGAGCUAUACACGAUGUAG